AUGGACGACGGGGGCGCUAAUAACGUCUGGGUGAAGCAGAGAUCCAAUUCGACCAAGGACGGUCUUACGACUACCGAUUACUACAUGUGUCGACUCCGGAGGGCGACGUGCAGACCGAACCCGUCAAGGCCGCUGCCGGAGGGGAAGAGAGCGAGGAAGAAGGCGAUUAGGGAAGGGAACCAGUGCAAUGUACAGAUUAAGGUGGUGAAGUUUGAGGGAGCUUACUCCGCCGUUACGAUCACGAGGACCCCUGGGAGCAGUCGGACACAUUCGCAUGAUUUGGACCACAUUGACAAGGUGAAGCGGAAUUCGGGCCUUAUAGAGUAUUGCAGGAAGGAAGCUGAGAAAGGCUACCUGCCUUCCUCUAUAUAUGCGAAGUUUCGUGAGGAGCCGGAUAAGCUGCUGGUGGCGGGUGGGAAAUUUUUCAGCGUCACCGAUGUCCGCAAUGUCUCGGCUAAGUGGCGCGCUUUACAUCCCGAUGUCAAAUUGAGGGAACAUGAGGGUUAUCAUUACCAGCAGGGUCAUGGUAUCAUGCGCAUUCAAGGUCCCGUGUUAGAGCCUCGUAAUGGAGCUGUGCCGCCGCCGCCGCCGCCGCCGCCACCACCGCUCGAGUCCCAAAACGCUCGUUGCGAGAUUCCUCCGGAUGCGCUACCGUUUCCUAGCUAUUCUUUGGACUUUCUGCAGCCAUAUCUCCCUAGAUAUGAGGAGAAUCGACAGUUCCCCUUCGUCACCCUAACAUAUGCAUCCUCCAUGGAUUCGAAAGUUUCCCUUUUCCCCGGCGUACAAACAGCCUUAUCCGGCCCUGAAACGAAAUUGAUGACACACUAUCUUCGCUCCCGGCAUGAUGCCAUUUUAAUCGGGGUCGGAGCUGCCAUGGUGGAUAACCCCGGCCUCAAUUGUCGGCUGACAGGCUCAGGCGGCUUCGGAGGAUUAGGCAAAAUGUGGCAGCCCAGACCAAUUAUCGUGGACCCAACUGGAAGAUGGCCUGCAGACCCGGAAUGCAGGCUUUUAAAAACCGCCAAGGAAGGGAAGGGCAAGGCACCAUGGGUUGUCGUCUCACCCGGAGCAAACAUCCAGCCAGCUAAAGUGCUGGCGCUCAAGAAUCACGGAGGCGAUUACCUCCGCAUUGUGGAAUAUAACCAGAGCUGGAGGCUUAGAUGGGAAGCUAUUCUACGGGCUCUAGGAACCGAGGGAAUCACCAGCGUCAUGAUAGAAGGCGGCGCCACUGUAAUUAGUGAGCUACUAAAUCCUGAAUACGUUGACUUCGUCGAUUCUCUUAUCAUUACUGUUGCUCCUACGUUUCUAGGCCAGGGUGGUGUUGGGGUCAGCCCGGACGCGAAAAAGGAUAACACAGGCAAACCGAUCAGUGCUCUUAAUCCCCGUGAUAUCAAAUGGCAGCCGCUGGGUCAGGAUGUUGUAAUGUGUGGCAAGAUACGCGUUCCUCCUGCUCCACAACCCAUUCUCUCCGGCAUUGAAACUGUCGCUCAACAAGGUGGCGAAGGACAUGACGCGGAAGAGAACGUACAGAAUGAUGCUGACCCAGCUGCUCAAGGAAGCAAAGAGGAAAACGCCGAGAAUUCUCAAGAAAACUCGUGA